AGUAAUCAGUAAUCAAAUCACUAGCGAAGCGGCAGUUUUCAGAAAUAAGAUGUAAUAAAAGAAAAAAAAGUUAAAAUAACAUAUUGAAAAAACCAAAGAAAAAAUAAUGAUUACAAAAUUGUUUUACAUCUUCUUGUUAAUCGGGUUAUCUGUGCAAGAAAAUGAAGAGUUCCACGAGGAAAUUUAUAUUAGGCCUUUACCAAGUGGUCAUGUUAAUACGUACUUUCAAUUUACAAAUAGAUGGAAAUUAAAUUUUCACCAAAAUUUGGAUCAUACAAAUUUGAUGCCAUUGUCGGUCGCGGAUAUUUUAAGUAAUUUUAAUUUAAAAGAAUUACAUGUUAGUUUAACUCAGGGUCUAUGGAGGUAUGAAUCGUUUGGGUAUCCAAUUAUUGAUACUUCGCCCGGUGCUGAAGUAUAUGCAUGGUUUGGAGGAAAAAACUUAACAGAAACAUUGGUAGAUAAUCAAUGGAAGCAUUUAGUUAGCAUAUUGUCAGGGAUGUUAUGUACAUCACUAAAUUUUAUCGAUAAAACAAACACCGUAAAACCAACGUAUUCAUUUCGGCCUAGGUUUGGUAUCGCCGAUCCUCAAGAGCCAAAACAUAUAAGAUAUGCUACAUUGCCAAGAGAAAUUGUCUGCACCGAAAAUUUAACACCUUGGAAAAAAUUCUUACCAUGCAAUAGUAAAUAUGGAUUUGCUUCACUUCUUAAUUCGGGUUUUGUUCAUAAUAAUAAUUAUCACUCUCUUGGUUUAAACAUAAGAACUAUAUGUGAUGGUGAGAUAAAAGAAGGUUGUAUUAUUGAGUUUAUGCAGUUCGCAAAUUUAGUUUAUGACCCAAAAUUAUUGGGUACAAAAGAUUUUUCAUUGCGCCGAAUGUUUGGUCAAGGUUUGAAUGGAAAUUGUGUAUUGGCAAAAACAAGUAAAAUUUAUGUUGAUGUAACAGAGGAUUUGUAUGAUAUAACACCCCAACCAGAUAGGUAUAUCAAUUUUUUUCGCGGUGGUUACCUUACUGCUCUCGGCGAAUAUGAUAUUAAAAAAAUUACACCACAAUCCUUGUUUAAUAUAGCAUGGACUAAAAAAAAUCAGUUAAUUGGAAUAAUUCCACCUCCACCCAUUUACAUACAUAGGUACAUAUUGGGACAUGGUCAAGAACGUGGAAAAAUAUUGAACGAAAUAACAAAUACUCAUUGGGAGCCUCUUAAUAUUAUUCUCAUGGAAAACAUUCCAUGGUUUGUUCCAUCAUAUAUUCACACACUAAAGAUUAUAACGGAAAAUGGUCUUCAUAUUGAACCUGCGUUCAUUCAUUAUAUACCUGGUGAACAAAGGGAGCGGCCAUACCAUUUGGAAGUAGGUAUGGAAAUUCCGCCGAAAACAACUGUUCGUGUACAUUUCGACUUUGAUUAUAUUUUUUUGAAAUGGUUAGAAUAUCCCCCGGAUGCUAAUCACGGACAUUAUCUGGGUUCAGCAAUUGUCAGCGUUAACUUACCUAUAGGAAAAAAUUAUACCAGAAUACCAAUUGAUGGAUAUUUAAUUGCUCAUUCAUUUAAUGCAAGCCGAUCAAAAUAUUUUUUGCAACUGCAUAGCGAAUCACUUUUGUUAUCACUUCCAACACCAGAUUUCAGUAUGCCUUAUAAUGUUAUUUGUUUAGCAUGCACCGUUGUAGCUUUAGCUUUUGGACCAAUUCAUAGCGUUGCAACAAAACGUAUAGUAAUUGAAAAAAAUGAAGGAAAAGUUUCCGUUUUUAGUAAAAUUAAAUCAAAAAUAUUUGGGAAAAAAAUUGAAACCGACAUAUUAGAUGAGCCUGAACAAGAAAAGGAGGAAGAAAAGGAUUUGAGAACAGAAAAAGAACAAAUAGAUUUAAACUAAUUUAAUUUGUACAAUAAAAAUAUUCCAAUUUUUGUUAUUCACA